GAUACAAAGAAGUUGAAGUCAUUGGGUACAUUAGUGAGUGAGGUUGAUGGGGAAGCUAGUCUUUUACUUCUGGUUCGGUUAGAAGGGAAGAUCUUGCUCAAGACCGCGCAAUUUAUCAAUGGAGCACUGCAUCAGGGUACAGGUCUAUCGCUUCGCUGCCUAACCAUAAAGCAUCAAGCAAAGACCGCAAAAAUGAAGGCCGUCCUUAUCCGUAAAAGAGAAUGA